GAAAAGUGGACUGGGUGAGUCUGGGUGAGUGAAUCGCACUGUCACGGGAGCUAUCACACCGCCACUCUUUGCUACGUUCUGACCACCCGGAUGAUCUACCUCAUUCGAGCUACCAGGGCACAAUGUGUUUGAAAACUACAGCUAUUUCGAACUCUCGGCUUCUCAACCUUGGCAUGAGGGUCUUUCAUAAACCAAAGAAUGCCAUCCAUUGCAUCGACUUGGAUUGGAAACAAGGGCAGGCUAAGGCUUGGAGCUUCGAGAGCGAAGAACCCUGUCAGAAGAUCCAACAACUUGCCUUAACUUGGCCUUCUUGUGCCUACUCUCCGAGAUUUCCUCUUCCCUAUCAUCGCCUUCAACUGACUCCGCUUCCCCGUCACGCUUGCGUUUCAAAGAGUUGGCAGUCCGGGUUGAGUCGGCCUGGACAUGAUUAAGCGCGGCUGAAUGGCGAAUCGGGAUCUGAUCUGGGGGCGGCAUCUGCUCAGAAUGUUGCUGCUGCUGCUCCUGCUGCUGUUGCUGCUGCCGAUCCGAUUGACGUGCAGAUGAACGGAAGCCAUCGGGAUUAGCAGUAGUAGGGGGCGGCUUGUACUCUAUAGCUUCAUCAUCCUUGUUCCAGAGAAAGUUUUCGUUCUUCAGAUGGCGGGAAAAGAUGGCACGAAUGUUGCGCGACUCCAUGAUUUCAGGCUUGACUGCUUGUUGUUGAAGGAUUUCGUCACCGUCGUCAUCGCUUUCAUCCCCGGCCACUGGGCGAGCAGACUGAAGUGAUGGGGCAGUGUCGGUUUCCACGGCCGCAGGAUUCUGUCGCAGGACUGCCCCCCGAAAUGUGUUCAGGACAGACGACAAACCGUCGUUAUCAAGCUUAUAAGCUCUGCCUAGGGGAGAGGGCCUUUGCAGCAUGAGGUGUAUCAUGUUUAGUGUGUCGGAAGAUCAUCCAGACCAGAAGCCAGAAGAAAGAUUCCAGAUCAUGGUGCAGUGCAUGCUGGAAGAUCUUGACGUCUGUAUGUUUUAGACCCCCGGCGGCAAUGAUAUCGAGCUUCCUAUUGUAGUC